GCAGCGCGCGCGUCACGUGAAACGCCGGCUAUUCAAACGAGUGCGAGCGAGAACAUGUAUCUGUCAUGCAAGCCGUGAAUUGUGUGCGCUGUCGUCUUGUGUUUGGUGGGUUUUGGACGAGAUGUGUCGACUGGAAGGCGGAGCAGCGGCCCGGUGUCAAAGUGUUUCUGGUUCCGUCGAUGACAGGAGAACCCGCCCAUCCUGCAGCUAGCUUAGCCUCGGUGUCUUUCUGCUGGGCUCCCGGGGAGGACGGACUGACAGACGCUCAGAGGAAAGGUCGGACAAUGAUGGCGUCAUUUGAAGCGGUGCAACCCAAGGCCACAGACUGCGUCACCAAGGUGGCGCUCAGCAUCGCCUGCGAUAAUCUGCUGGACAUGGACGCCUUCUCCAAGUCCGACCCCAUGUGCGUGCUCCAGUUGAACUCCUCGGGUCCUCACUGGUACGAGGUUGGGCGAACAGAGAAAAUCCAGAACUGCCUUAAUCCCAAGUUUUCCAAGAGCAUUGUCCUCGACUACUACUUCGAGAUGGUGCAGAAACUCAGAUUUGAAGUGUAUGAUAUCGACAGUGAAAACUGCUCUACAGAAGAAGCGGAUUUCCUGGGACAGUUUGAGUGCACCUUGGGACAGAUUGUGUCCUCGAAAAAACUGACAAAACCUCUUGUGAAGAGAGACAAGACACCAGCAGGGAAAGGAACGAUAACAAUUUGUGCGGAGGAGAGGAACGACAACAGGAUGGUGGCGUUGGAAGUUGCUGCCAGGUCAUUGGACAAAAAGGACUUUUUCGGCAAGUCCGACCCUUUCCUGGAGUUUUACAAGGAGACAGAAACUGGGUGGCAGCUGGCCCACAGGACUGAGGUGGUUAAAUGCAACCUAAACCCCAUAUGGAAGCCAUUCAGAAUCCCGAUUCAGUCCCUCUGCAACGGUGACGUGGAAAAAUCUAUAAAGAUUGAUUGCUAUGACUACAACAGCAGCGGCUCGCAUGAUUUCAUCGGCUCCUUCCUCACGACACUCUGUCAGAUACAGCAGGCGUGUCAGUCAUACGCUGCUGAGUUCGAAUGCAUCAACAGCAAGAAGAAGCAGAAGAAGAAAGGAUACAAAAACUCUGGAAUUAUCAUCAUAAAACAAUGCCAGAUAAUAAAGGAGUACACAUUUCUGAAUUACAUAAUGGGCGGCUGUCAGAUUAACUUCACGAUUGCUAUCGAUUUCACGGGCUCUAAUGGGGAUCCCAAAUUACCCGGAUCUUUACACUACAUCAACCCUCAAGGCUACAACGAAUAUCUGGCAGCGAUCUGGGCGGUCGGUAACGUCAUCCGGGACUAUGACAGUGACCAGAUGUUCCCUGCCUUUGGUUUUGGUGCUCAGCUUCCUCCAACCUGGCAGGUCAGCCAUGAGUUCCCCAUCAACUUCAACCCCUCAAAUCCAUUCUGUGCAGGCAUAGAGGGCGUGGUCCUUGCCUAUCAGCAGUGUCUGCCUCAGGUGAGGCUCUACGGUCCAACAAACUUCUCUCCAAUCAUCAAUCACGUGGCCCAUUUUGGCAGAGAGGCCUUACAGCAGCAAACCGCCUCACAAUACUUCGUCCUGCUGAUCAUCACCGACGGAAUCAUCACCGACAUGGAUCAGACGCGCAACGCCAUCGUCAACGCCUCGCGGCUGCCCAUGUCCAUCAUCGUCGUCGGCGUGGGAGCGGCGGACUUCAGCGCCAUGGAGUUUCUGGACGGAGACGACGGAGUCCUGCGCUCGGCCACAGGCGAAGCGGCCAUGAGGGACAUUGUGCAGUUCGUGCCCUUCAGGCAGUUCCAAAAUGGUCCGCAGGAAGCCCUUGCUCAGUCCGUCCUGGCAGAAGUGCCGGGCCAGGUGGCAGGUUUCUUCAAUUCCAUGAAACUGAGCCCGCCUCACAGCAACGAUCCUCCCUCUGAGCUCCGAGCAUCGGCGCCCCCGAGUGAGCCAUGCUGAGAACCAAACUUCCUCCUAAAAAAUGAGGAGUCCCCUUCAACUCUGAAGACUCUUUAAGGCGCGUCAGUGUUAUGAACCUAACCUAGCAUGGUUUAUGCUGAGGUAUGGACAUGUUGCAGUAUGUUAACACGUUGUGAGUAUUUAUAUAAUACUCACAAUUACCAGGUUUAGGUUCGUUAAACUAGACAUUUUAUGGAAUUACACAUGUUUGCUGACACAAUCUUACAGUACUCCUGCACUGAUCUUUAACCUGCAACUACAACCCACCUUUAUUCUGCCUGUGUCAGAGUGGAGGUGCAUCACUCCAUAUCUUUCUUCCACUGUGUUUUCUUUGCCAUGAUUACAGUUUGUUAAAUCAAAUUAGCCCUUCAGAAACCAUUAAAGACUGUUUUUGCUGUAUGAAGAAGCAAACAGUAUCUUGUCUCAUCUCCGAGUAGCAGACACAGUAAGCUGAAGGUGGCGCUACUACAGAGAAACCAGCACAGAAAUACUUACUUUAUUUUUUCAUAAGAUGUAUUAAAUUAUUUUAGUUAAAAAAACCAAAUAAAUUGAGUAAAAAGUAGUUAUUUUUACUUUAAUUAAUGACUACAUUAGGUUUGUAACCUUUGUUUUACUUUCGCUGUAAUUUUUUAAAAAGGGCCACAUUGAGAACUAUUGUUUCUAUAAGUAAAAUGUUUAUUUGUUGUUUCUCUCUCUGUAUAUAUAUAUAUAUAUAUAUAUAUAUAUAUAUAUAGAUAGAUAGAUAGAUAGAUAGAUAUACAUACAUACACACAGAUGAUAUAAACUUUUUCUCCUUGAUCCCCAUUUUACUGCAGUUACUUCCUUGUGUGUCUUCAUACGUUGUGCUGUCCCAGAAAAUGUAAAUAGGUUUUAGACUUCAAAGUGAAAGCUUGUCAAAUGUUUACAGAAUGGAUCAUCUAUAUGUCACUAUUAAUAAUGAUUUGUACUGAAUCAAAUUUAUGCUUAAUUUUACUGAUCACUUGGUGCUUCUACGUGAGUGGACUGGUUCUUUAUUAGCAUAAUCAGGGAGACCUAAUAGAGGAAAUGUUUUACAUACUAAACAUAUGCUCAUAAUAGAAGACGUUCACUUUGUCUUAACAAGUGUCCAACUAGGGAACCCCUGUAUACAUGUCUUAUUUAGUAUAUGUAAAAAAUCAUUUUUGAGUCAUGUGUCAUAUCUUUGUUAUAUGUGUUGAUUCUGCCUGUGUUUUUUGUUUUUAUCUACUAUGCAAAAUUAAGUCUAUAAAAUGGAGAUCAAAUAAUCACUGACAUAUUGUGAUGUUUAACCACAUAUUUAACAAUUGGUAUGUGAGAGGCUUACAGUGAUUCAGAUACAUACAUUUAUGUAGAAAGUUAGUCUUUAUAUAUUAACAUCCAUAGUCAAUUUCCUGAUAGCCUUUCAAUCCAUGCCUCAAUAAAACAUUACUAUAUAACAUGUAAAUACUAUAUGAUUUUGUUUGCUGGAUGUCUGUUUUUCAGUUUUACAUUUGCCAAAAUACCAACUAUAAAAAGCAUUUUACAGGUUAAUAAAAUAAUUUUGAAGCGUU